GUACGUCAACGUCUUCAGAUACUUCAGGGUGGAUGAGUGGAAGCGGUCCAGCAAGGAGGGCGACGUGGCUCUGGUGACGGUACUUCUGGGGCAUGGCUGUCGCUGGGAGCCUCCGCGCGCGCUUCCCCGGAGUGCACCCCGUGUCCGCGGUGGUCGCAGCUCCCUUCUCUCCCCAGGACAAGACUCUGAAGAGCGCGGUGUAUCGCAUCCGGGGCUCUGUCUCUGCCAGCAAUUACAUUCAGCUCCCCAGAACCAGUACCCAGUCCCUCGGGUUGACCGGGAGAUACCUGUAUGUGCUUUUCCGGCCCCUGCCCACCAAGCACUUUGUUAUCCACCUGGACGUGUCCACUGAGGAUAGCCAGGUCAUCCGGGUGUCUUUCUCCAACCUCUUUAAGGAGUUCAAGUCCUCAGCCACAUGGCUUCAGUUCCCUUUUGUCUUCGAGGCCAGAAUGUCCAGGAGAGACCUGGCAGGUGUGGCUCCCCCUGAUGCCCGCUGGACCUGCUUGCAACUGGACCUGCAUGACAUCCUCCUGAUCUAUCUGAGCCGGCACUAUGGCCACCUCAAGAGUGUCAGGCUGUGUGCCAGCCUGCUAGUCAGGAACCUUUACACUAGCGACCUGUGCUUUGAUCCUGCAGUCACCGUCACUGAGGCCAGGCGGGCAAAGCUGCCCAUGACUCCCAUGCCUCGAGAAAUGACCUUCCCAGUGCCAAAGGGGGAGAGCUGGCAUGUUCACUAUGUUCACAUCUGGUUUCCAGGCAAUAGCCUGAAGGUGCCUUCCCGGAAUGUUCGGAAGAGCUGUUUCCCUCCUGAGGCAGUCUUCCUGCGGUCUGUGCCUCAGCUUCCUCACCCAGCGACUGUCAGUAAAUCCAUGCAGGACAGUGUGUCCCUGGUGGCCCAGCCCUGCAAGCCCCCCUCAGCACCCAGGCUCCUUCCAGAUGUCAGCUUGCCCUACAAGCACUCAGAGGUGUCCAGUAUAGAUGGCCCCAGCAUCCAUGGCCAAGAUCUUCCAACCUGGGCAGAGGCCGUUGAUGUGCACACAGUGGUCAGUAAUGGCCACAUGUCAACCCACAAAUCAGCUGGGGUGCCCAUGCCCCUUGAGGAUGCUGGCUUCUAUAAGCGCUUCCUCCCGGACCCAAUCCUGAGGCUCAAGGGGGUCAUUGGCUUUGGAGGCCACAGCACCAAAUGGGCCCUGUGGACCAAGGAUGGAGCAGCUGUUGUUUACCCCUGCCAUGCAGUCAUCGUUGCCCUGCGUGUUGACACUGGGGAGCAGCGCUUUUUCCUUGGCCACACAGACAAGGUCUCUGCCCUGGCCCUGGACGGGAGAAGCUUGUUGCUAGCGUCCGCCCAGGCGCAGCCCCCCAGCACGGUGCGGCUCUGGGACUUCCAGACUGGGGGGUGUCUGUCCCUGUUCUGGAGCCCAGUGCACACGGUCUGCUCCCUCAGCUUCUCUGGCAGCGGGGCUCUUCUCUGCGGUGUGGGCAAGGAUCACCACGGGAGGACGGUGGUGGUGGCCUGGGGCACAGACCAGAUAGGCAAUGGUGGUGAAGUGGUGAUUCUUGCAAAGGUGCACACUGACUUUGACAUCCAGACCUUCCGGAUCGCCUCUUUUGAUGAAACCAGAAUGGCAUCAUGUGGGCGGGGCAGCGUGCGGCUGUGGCGGCUGCGUGGUAGGACGCUCCGCUCCUGCCCUGUGGACCUGGGGGAGCACUGUGCUCUGGAGCUCACUGACCUCGCCUUUGCACAGACCCUGGACAGCCACCGGGCAUCCUCGGCCCGCAUGCUCUACGUGUGCAGCCGCAGCGGUCACAUCCUGGAGAUUGACCACCAGAGCAUGGCUGUGCAGUGCACCCGUCGCCUGCUGCCCACACAAACUCCUGGUGACCCCUUCCCCCAGAAGCAGACCUUCAACUCAGGUCUCGGCAUUGCCAUCAGCAGCCUCAGUGUCUCUCCCACCAUGUGCGUUGUGGGCUCUGAGGAUGGCUACCUGCGACUCUGGCCCCUGGACUUCUCCUCAGUGCUACUGGAGGCAGAGCAUGACGGCCCUAUCAGCUCUGUCUCUGUCAGUCCUGAUGGCCUGCGCGUGCUGUCCACCACUUCCCGGGGCCACCUGGGUUUCCUGGACAUCGCAUCCCAGGAGUACACUGUGCUAGCACGCUCCCACAUGGCCCCAGUGCUGGCGCUGUCUGUGAACCGGAGCCGGGGACAGCUGGCCACUGUGUCCCUGGACCACACUGUUCGCAUCUGGGACCUGGCCACCCUGCAGCAGCUGUAUGACUUCACGUCAUCUGAUGAAGUCCCACAUGCUGUCACCUUCCACCCUUUGAGGCCGACCUUCUUCUGUGGCUUCAGCAGUGGGGCUAUGCGCUCCUUUUGCUUGGAAAAUACCAGGGUCCUGAUGGAACACACGCAUCACCGAGGGGCCAUCACCAGCCUGGUCAUCAGCCCUGAUGGCAACUUCCUGUUCAGCUCCUGCUCUCGGGGCUCCCUGGUCCAGUAUGACUGUGCCGCCCCCCAAUGCUGUGUCCUCCGUGUAGCAGCCAACGUGGUAUGCCAGGAUGCUUGCCUGAAUCCAAACAUCCUGGCAGUCAGUGAGGACAGCCGCCUGCUGGCCUUCGUGGGCCCCUCGAAGUACACAGUGACAGUCAUGAAGUCAGCCUCCCUGGAUGAGCUCCUGCGGGUUGAUGUCAGCACCCUGGACCUGACCGGCAGCCACCUGGACUUGGCUAUGGCUGUCUGCUUUAGCCCUGCAGCCCAAGGCCACCUGCUAGUGUCCACAUCAUCCAACAAAGUUGUUGCUCUGGACACCCUGUCAGGACGUGCUAUCCGGGAGCUGUCCAGUGUCCGCCCUAUAGCCUGCUCCUCCCUGGCUCUUAGUGAAGAUGCCCGCUUCCUGCUGACAGCCACUGGCCGGGCCAUCGAGGUGUGGGAUUACUCGACACAGGCUGACCCUGGCUGCCAGGUAUACAUUGGCCACUCAGAGCAUGUGCAGGCUGUGGCCUUCACGCCUGACCAAAAGCAGGUCCUCAGUGUUGGGGAUGCUAUCUUCUUCUGGGAUGUCCUGGCCGCCCUGAGAGUGACCGAAGUGAGUCCAGGGUCCCCCCAGCCCAUGAGGCCGGCCUGGGCACAGGACAGCUGGAGGACGCAGUGUCUGGCGCCAGCGGGCUCCCCCAACAGCAGGUGCCCACGCCAUCUCAGACUUCGUCAUCCCCACCAGGCAUCUGUGCCAGGCCCCCUGAGGACGGUGGUACUUUCUCCAUGUUGGAAGAAGAAGGACCCUGCAAGGAGAACCACAGUCCUAAGGGUCUGCGCCAGGCCCCGGGCCCACCUGUACUCAUUGAGAGGGAGGCCAGAGGGGAUGGAGACAGGGCCCAGGGGGCUGCUUGGGGGCCCAGGGGGCUUGCCGUGCCUCCCUAUCACCAUAGCCAGCCUAGUGCCCUAAGCACCAGGAAGGUGAAGGCCCGACCCCCCAUCCGCCCAGAUUCCUACAAGCAUUUCACAGCUCGCUAUAAGGCCUCUACACUGGCCAAG